AUGGCGCACUCGGCCGCAGUCAUUGGGUCUACCGGCCUCGUCGGAUCCCACAUCCUUACCAACCUCAUUACCUCGGAGGCCUUCGCCACCGUCAACACCAUCUCGCGCCGCCCGCCCAAGGCCGGCGGCCUAACCCUCAAGCCCAUCAUCGAGAAGGACACCUCGGCCUGGCCACCCAAGCUGGCCGCCCUGCAACCGCUCCCCACCGUUGUCAUCUCCGCUCUCGGAACUACGCGCGCCGCCGCCGGCAGCAUCGCUGAGCAGUGGAAGAUUGACCAUGACCUCAACGUCGAGCUCGUCAAGGCCGCCAAGGCUGCCGAUAUCAAGGCCUUCAUCUUCAUUUCCAGCGCUGGCACCCGCAGCGCCCUCUCGAGCCAAGCGCCCUACAGCAGGAUGAAGAAUGGUGUCGAGGACGCCAUCAAGGAGGCCGGCUUAGACCACGGCAUCAUUCUCAAGCCCGGCUUGAUCCUCGGUCAGCGUGAGGAGGGCCGUGCCGCCGAGGGCAUCUUCCAGAGUGUCAUAAAGGCUCUCGGCAUGGUUAGCACCAACAUUCAGGACAGCAUUGGUCAGGAGGCCGAGGUCAUUGCUCGCGCCGCCGUGCACGCGGCCGUCCUCGUGGAGCAGGGGAAGGCCCCAGCCGGUGUUUGGGAGAUUGACAGCUCCGAGAUCGUGAGACUUGGACGAACGGAGUGGAAACACGGCCCGUGGCCCCGCUCUUAG